AUGGCAUCUAGUCUAGAGCAUCCUCAAACACCCACGUUUACAGACUUGAAUCUUACCUAUCCCCCGUCGCUAGAACAUUAUAACAUCCCAGCCGCUACGUGGCUGAUGAAGAAUGCUAAAUCAUGGGACGGUCUCGCUACGAGCGCCCUCGUCUUUUCGCCUUCGACUACUUGUAGUAAGAUUCUCCUCGUCCAGCGCACAGCGCAUGAUAGCAUGCCACUUCUAUGGGAGACGCCUGGGGGUGGGGUGGACCCAGACGACACAAGCCUACUGGUUGCCUGUGCGCGAGAGCUCUGGGAAGAGACAGGUCUUCAAGCUGUCGAAUUUGUAAGGGUUCGGCCGAACGAAGGCUUGUUGCCGAGGCAAUGGCGACACGCCAAGAUCAUCCCGCUGAAGAAGCCAAACAAAAGCGAUUACGGCAUAGCGACGGCCUGGCGAUCGAUCUCGCUUCUGUCGACGCUCGGAAAAGUGCUAGAGUCGGUCCUGGCAGAACGUAUCUCGCACGCUGUCGAGACGUUCGGCCUCCUGCCCAUGAGCCACUUUGGCGCUCGCUAG